AUGACCCCCACACAUUUUGCAUUUUCCUCUGCCUUUCUUCUUGGCCUGACAGGCCUUGCAUUUCACCGAUUUCACCUCCUCUCCGCCCUACUAUGCUUGGAGGGUAUAAUACUGUCCCUGUUCAUUGCCCUCUCCCUUUGGACACUUCAACUAGACUCAACCAACUUCUCAGCUUCCCCAAUACUUCUCCUAGCAUUUUCGGCCUGUGAAGCAAGUGCAGGUCUGGCCCUCCUAGUAGCUACCGCUCGAACACAUGGUACCGACCGACUUCAAAGCCUGAACUUACUACAAUGCUAA